AUGGUCGCCGACCUCAAGGUCGGUCCCCGAAGCAGACGAUCCUCGGCCAGCAGCCGCAAGAGCGGAGUUUCAGACAUCACCAACCUCAUCGAGAACGAAGCAGUUGAUUCAUUCAUCGCGGAUGAGGAUAUCCUUACCAUGUUCCAAGCCUUCUUGGCUGAGACCGGCAUUCCGAUCAACAUUCGUAAAGGAAAGAAACCCCUCGAGUACGGGGGGAGAUUCCGCGAUGCAGCCAUUGACAUGAUGAAGGAGUCCUGGAACCCCGAUACCCUUGACGAAGCUAUCGCUCGCCUCCUCGCGCUUGAAGACCACGACAUCAUCCGUCUCUACAACGGCUUGAGCGUAAAGCACCGUGACCAAAAGGCGCAGGGCAAAGGAAAGAAGGCUGUUGUCCAAACCCGUACCGAGUCCUUCCAGACGGCUAUCGACGGCAAGGAUACCAUUACUCACCGUCGAGGGGAGAAGAGAAAGGCGCCACGUACCAGUUGCGAGGGUGUUACUACCACGCAAUGGAAGCUGCAGCGAGACCGCCACUAG